AAACAACAGUCCUAACUUUUGUGUGUUGCAAAUAUAAAAGGCAAGCCAUGUGACAGAGGGACAGAAGAACAAAAGCAUUUGGAAGUAACAGGACCUCUUUUUAGCUCCCAGAAAAUUCUGAGAAGAAGGGAGCCCUGCAUUUCCCCCAAGCUGUGCAGCAGAUACAGUGAUGAUGGAUUGCAAGUGCAAAGAGUAAGACAAAACUCUGGCAUACAAAGGACAAUGACAACCAGAAAACUUCAGCUAAAUCCUGCCCUUUUCUUGGAGGGAACUAUAUCUUAGGAGGUGAAGGCAUUUUUUAUUUUUAGUCCUCUGCCUCCCUCUGCUGUUCCCCUUGAGAAGUUCUUUCUUACAACAAUGAGAAAUCAUGUACUAGCUGCAUCCUUUUCUAUGCUCUCCCUGCUGGCGCUAAUGGGAGAUACAGACAGCAAAAUGGACAGCUCCUUCAUGAUGGACUCGGACCCUCAACGUUGCAUGAGGCACCACUAUGUCGAUUCUAUCAGUCAUCCACUGUACAAGUGUAGUUCAAAGAUGGUGCUUCUGGCCAGGUGUGAGGGACACUGCAGCCAGGCAUCUCGCUCCGAGCCCUUGGUGUCUUUCAGCACUGUCCUCAAGCAGCCCUUCCGCUCUUCCUGUCACUGCUGUCGACCCCAGACCUCCAAGCUGAAAGCAUUGCGGCUGCGCUGCUCAGGGGGCAUGCGACUCACAGCCACCUACAGGUACAUCCUUUCCUGUCACUGCGAAGAAUGUGGCUCUUGAGACCUGCUGUUGAAUGGCUUCUGGAUGGGACAAUCUCCUCCCAUUAACAAGACAGUUCAAUCAGCCAGGGAAGGACUGGCAAGAAAAAAAGUAAAGGCAAAAAAAAAAAAAAAA